CAAGCGUCAUCGUCGUCUAAUGUGUAUAAUAAGUGUAGUGACAAAUCAAAUUUAUUAUUAUUUUUAUUAGCUAAUGCAGCAAACAACAACAAGAAUAAAUUUGCAUUCUACGAAUUUGAAAUUGAAAUCGAAGUGAGCCGCAUCAAUUUCAUAACAGAUAAAUCGAUCAAAGCGCCAACGUCAGCGUCAGCAGCGUCCCACCAAUACAACGAAAGCCCUGGGCAAACGAAAGUCUCGUCGUCGUUUAGUGCGGGGGCGUCGGGUGUUACGGGAGGUGUUGUAACGGCGCAAAUCAUCUGGUGGGCUGAGCAGCAGAGGGCCGUCAUCGUCAGCAUCAGCUGUGACGCCUGCAGCAAAAGUAACGGCAUUAAAAAGCUCUGCACGCGCAGACAGCAAAGCGCAAGUCAACAGCGACAGCAACAACAAAGUCCAAAGCAGCAGCAGCAUAAUAAUUAUCAACAGCAGCAGCAUCCCCAUCAUCAUCAUCAUCGUCAUAAUAAAUUACGUUAUUGUGUGCGCAGCAAAAGCCUCGCGCUAUUCUUAGACUAUUUGCGCGAAUUUGUCUCCGGCAGCGGCGGCUACGUCAAAGACCACGCCCACGAUCAAGAGCAACAAAAAUCAACGCCUUCAGCAGCUCAUCGUCGUCUGCAUUUGCAGUCGCUGCCUGCGUCGGCGUCGCUGCUGCAAAGUAAAGCAGCCAGAAGUAACACAAACGUCAACGCUUGCAACGGUUUCGAGUAUAAAACCAAAAUUUAUGCUUUAUAUCGUCACGUCCAGAUUAGUGGCACGUCGGGUCAAGUGCAACAGCAACAGCAGCUGAAAGUCGCUGCAAUACAAUUGCGCUUCCUCAAAAUGCUGCUUGCCGCUGCUGCCACCGCCGGCGCUGGCGCCGCUGCUAACGCAAGUAAUCAAAUUGGGUCCGCAGCAGCAGUGCUGCCGCCAUCGUCGACUGCGCUGCCGGCUGCUGCGCUGCUGCAGGAUCAUAACCAUCAGUUGACCAUCAACAACUGUUCACAGUCGCCGCAGCCGGGCGAGCGCAUUUCGUCAGGUACAGCCAAAGCCAAAGUCAAGUCAAUCGGAACAGCAGUCGCUGCACCAGCCAAAGUCGAGCUAAUGGAGGCCAUGAAGAAAUUAGAUGCGGAUCUGGUGGCAUUAUUUGCCACCGCCGGUGAGCCCAAAAUGGAGCAACUAAAGAAGAAGCAACAGCAACAACUGUGGCCGGAACCGGAGCUUGCUGAUCAGGAGUUGCCCACAGUGGAGGAAGAAGAUCAAGAGCAGCUGCUGCAGGAACAAGAACUGGCAACGCCGGAACUGUUCAAGAAGGUGAACGCAGUGCAGCUUCAUUUGGAGGCAUUGACACUACAACCGGAGGGCACCAAGCGCAUGGAGUUGCUGCAGAACGAAGUGCGUCCCAUCUUCACCGUCGAGUGUCAGCUGUCCGAUGAUCUGAUUCGUUCCGUGCCCCGCACUCCCAUGUUUCAUCUGAUGCAAUUCGAGUCGGAGAAGUUCCAGAGUCUUACGCAAUGCACUCGCUUCGGACAGACGCAGCAGCGUGAGGUGCACCUGCAGGAGAUGGCUGCCGAUCAGGAGAUGAUGAUGGGCAGCAUUUAUUUCACCAUUUGGUGGCGUGAACCCGGCACUUGUCUCAACGAGCUGCUCGGUAUGGGUCGCCUGCCCCUGGCAGAGCUUUAUCAGGCAUCGCUGUUGGAGCAAUGCAAGUGCAUUGUGAUUCAACGGCGUGAUGUCCAUUUGGCCAGCUUGUAUCUGAAGAUUAGCCUGCGGGCCGAUCAGCAAUUGAUGCUCUGCAAGGCUUUGGCCGAGAGCAACAACAACAACAAUAACAACAGCAAUGGCAAGAACUACCACAGCGCAGCUGCCGCAGCCAACAACAAUAAGAACAAUAACAGCAACAACAACAACAAUAGCAACAACAACAGCAACAAAAGCAAUUCAACCAAGGCAGCUUCAACACCAACGCCGCCAGAGCCAACUAAAAAUAAUAACAACAAAGCCACAUUGGACAGCGUAAAUUUCAUGGCCGAGACGACCAAAGUGCGUCUGCUGCGUGGCUAUAUCUACGCCAGCGAGACGCGACAUCUGUCAGCAGCCGAUGCCGAUGCCUGCAAGGAGCUGGCGUUGCAACCGUUUUGGCAAUCCGAGUCGUUGACUGUGCCCGUUAAUCCGCAAGGCAAUUUCCAGCUCCAAGAGCAAUUUGCCAUCAUCAACGAUGAGAAGUUUCUUCACAGCGUGGAGCGACAGCAGCUGGUCCUGGACCUGCGUCCACUGGGUGGCAAAGCGAAGCUGCCACUGCAUCAGUUCUACAUCGCUUACAAAGACGCCAGCAUCACCAAUCACUUGUUCAAGGGCAAACUGCCUGUGAUUUCGAUUGAUGGCUGGACGCCCAUUGUGCAUCCGGAGACACAGGCACAGCUGGGUGAACUUAAGGUGCUGCUGGCCAUUGGCAGCGAGGCGCAGAUAGCGCAAUUGAAGCAGCUGCGUGGCUUUGAUCAGGAAAACAAUCAAGAACAGCCGCAGCGACGCACCUCAGAUCUGCUUGACAUGCUGCAGAACGCACUCAGUGCUCCGGUGCCAACGCCGCUUCCCCCGCCAGCUAUGGUGGGCAAUAAAUUCAGCUUCAGUUUGCAUAUUGUGGGCGCAGCGGGACUGCCUUUAAAUCCCGGCUAUGGCAAAUCGGGCAAGAAGCAGGCCAAACGUCAGGCGGCUGCCAAACGUUUUCCGCCCAACGAGCCGCCCAACACGUAUGUGACCUUUCAGGCGUUGAGCUGCAAUGCACAGACGUACAAGUCGCACGAGGGCUUGGUCUAUGCCACGCCCAUUGUGGAGCGUUCAACGACACCGCAGUGGCACAGCAAAUUCCAGGUGGAAAUCGGCGCUGACUACUUAAGCAAUCCACAAAAGCUUUUUGUGCUCAAGCUCUGGAAGAAGACAGCUUUGAGCGCUGGAACAAGCACGGAACCCACACCUCUAGAGGAUGCCAUAAUUGGUUUUGCUGCCCUUAAUCUCAAUCGCAGCAACACUGGCGGCUUUCCCAGUGGCUGGCACAACAUCGUAGACUUCAAUGGCCGCGUCACUGGCGGCUUGGAGAUCCAUGUGCAACCGAUGCCUGCUGCAACUGCAUCGGGGGCCAAUGUGGACAAUGCCAUCGAUCAAUUUGAGCAAACGCUGGAGCUGCGACAUUUGCAGCUCGGCCAGGCCAUAAAGCGAAAGUAUACAGAGCUGGAGCAAAUCUCGAAUAGAUUGCGCACACGUCUCGUUGAUGUGACGGGUCAGCCACUGCAAUCGCAAGGGCUUGAUGUGGACGCUGUCUUGGGUAAUUGGCAGCCGGAUGAAAUGCAGCAGGGAUUCGACGAUGAUGAGUUGGUGGCAGAUUUCGAGCGUGCUCUGCGCACGCCAACACCACCGUUAGAUUCGACGGAUGCCACAGAGAUAGCGGAGUCAGCGCAACCCACCGCACAAAGCCGCCAUCCUGCCGACGAUGCUGGCAAGGAAUAGCCCAUGCUAAGGCUCAAUUAUCUAGCGUAUACUAGAAGAUAUAGUCAAAACUCUUUUUCACUCUCUCGAUGUCUACGAAACAGGCUCAAACGUAGUUAUAUGAUCUUUAGAUAACCGUCUAUACACACCAUACAUACAUACAAUUAUAUAAACCUAGUUCUAUAUAUACACACACGUGCGCAUUAAUAUAUAUAUUAUCAUGUGCUGUACUUAAAUUGGCAAAUCGUUUUGCCAUCAAUUCACUCACCUUUCAAUAUGGCUGUCUGUCUCUUAGCAAGAAAUCAAAGCUCGUAAUGAAUCGAUCACCAGUCGAUCGGUUCGUUCUCACUUGUCAACAAUGAACAUACAACAAUAAUUUUUCAUUAUUGUGCAAGUCAAACUGCGUUAUUUAAAAUAUCCGACAGCAGAACCCCUCCCAAAAAAAUGAAGAAAAACCAAAAAACAAAGUUUUGGCAUGAGUUGUUGCCAUAUAUGUAUUAGUUUUGAAACUGUGUUAAUCACCUAAGUAUUUAGUCACUAUUACUU